AUGUUAAUUUUAUUAAGUUUAUUAUUUAUAAUUACAAUUUUAUGUCACCGAAACUUUGGUAAAAAUCUUCAAUUUUAUAUAAAGUUUGAUCCUAAAUUGGAUAAAGAAUACGAGUAUUCAAAUGAUUUGAAUGAUUAUGAUGACUAUGAUGACGACAAUGAGGAAGAAGAAAAAGAUGAAAAGAUUUUUGAAAAAUUAAAGCGACAUUGGAAAUCAUUUUAUGAUUCUUUUAUUUUACACAUUACUGACAUUAGUGAAUAG